AGCCAUACAGUGUUUAAUGUUACGCACUAUUGAUUUGCACUAUUCUACCAGUUCGAUACAUGAUCUUAGUGAAGUGUUGUGUCCAAUUCUGAUAUAAAAAGAAAUUUACAAUUAUUGAUUCCAUGUUGGAGGCGUGUGUAUAAAACCUGUUGCCGUGUUACGGGAUUAAAAUAUGUGUAAUAGUUUGCAAAUACAAUUUUAUUGGGAAAAAAUACACUACUUAAUAUAUCAACUUGAAACACACAAUGGAAGCAUAGAGAUGGAGACUGAUUAAAAUUGAGAUAUUUUCUUAAGAUAUGAGUGUUUGUUUAAACAUUACAUUGAACAUAUCGCAGUUAAUUGCACAGUUAGGAUAGAUAUUUCUGUUGAAUAUGGAGAAUCUGUUUCUGAAAUAUUUAUUAUGUGGUUAAAUGUAGAGUUCCAAUACUUGAUAAGUUCAGUUAAAGUUGGAUAUUUUAUGGAUUAAUUUAAACGUUAACAGUGUUGAAUAUGAAUUGAAUUAAUUCCAAUAUUUGAGAGGAAAAUGAGAUUUAUUGUGAUAUAAUUGAGUGAGAUAACUGUAGAUACUGAUAUGAGUACAUAUGUCUGUUACAUAACUAUUGUCUAAGCCACGACAUGAUGUAUUAUAUCUUUGUUAGAGUGGGACGUUCACCCAAAUCAUAUCUUUGUUAGAUAGGGAUGUUCAAAGAAACAUUCCAAAAAAAUGCAAUUGCUUUUAAUUUGUGACUUGGACUUAAUGUAAGAUUGCACACCAUCUCGGUUGGAGAAUUACUUCCAGUUUCAGAAUUUAAAGACAUUGUAUUUUCUCAGUAUUAUAUAUGUGUAAUAUUUUGAGUGAUUUUAUCUAAGUACUGAAACACUUUCGUCUUUCGACAUAACCAUAUGCUAUCUUUCAUAUGAAUUGAAGAGUAAAACCUUAAUAUUAAUAGACAAUACAGGAUAUAUUGAAGUGAUUAUUGUUAAUCAUAAUUGUCCAUAAUUUGUUGGCGGUAUCUAUAAAAAUUAAUUAAUAUACUGAUUCAUUGUUGUAUCAUGUGCAGAUUAGGGGGAAUAACUGUGUAAUAAUUCAGGAAAAGUCAUCAUAUUUUGGAGAAAAAUGAUUAUAUAAUGAGAACAACUGUGAAUUUCUGGUAGAUCUGGAUAAUGUGGAAACCAUAACUAAAGGGAGAUAAUCUUGUCCAUUAUCGUGUGAUUCUUUGAGCUUUAAUUUAAUCAUGUAGAGAAAAAGUGCAGUGAUGCUUUAAUUGUGGAAUUUGAUCUAAAUUUUUGCUGGCUUAACACAAAAAUAUGUUUCUAGGUGAAUAUUCCAGAAGAAUUUAAGUGUAAAAAUUGUGUUAAGUGGAAAUUAUGAUAUGAUAGUUGUAUUGAUAACAAUAUGCAGUCAAAACAAAAGCUUCGUAGAAAAUCUAGUUUGUUUGGAGAGAAAACGAAGGCUGGUUCUUUUGUGGCCUUAACCUUACUAAAUAAACCACCAACAGGAGGGGGAACAGUACCAGCUAGUGAUCAACCACCAGGUGUCUCAAGGAGAGUGACAGCACCACUUCCUGUUGAUGACCGUAAAUCCAAAGAAUUAGCCGUAUCUAAAUUAACCGAGUUAAAGAGAUAUUAUGACUUGGCUUUAGAAGAUUUACAGCAAAUUAAAAAAGAGUAUAACAGAAAUCCAUCAGCCAAAUUAGGAUCACAGAUAGUAGACAAAGAAAAGACAGUCAAGAAAUUAGAAGAGCAGUUAAAGGUUCUUACUCCUUCUGUUACUUCUCUGUCCCAUGUUCAGCAUUCAGAUUCAGCACCAGAGUUAGGUCAGCUUGAUCAGCAGCCUGUCACUUCAUGGCUACCUAGUGGACCCCUUCAUGUAAAACAUAGGUCCACACCAGCUUCUUUUAACAAUAAGCUGAAUGCUGGAGUGUCAAGGUCAAUGUCUGAUGCUGGCACUCGCAGAACCAAACUACAAUUACCACGCCAUCACUAUAGCAUCAAAUCAGCUGAUAUUAGUCCGGAGCCUACAACAACUUUAGACGGAGGUAAUACUUCAGAAUCUCCUACGAUCAGUCCAAGUUCAUCUCCCACACCGAUUCAUGCACGUAACUUAACGAUCCAAAGUGAAGACAACGAUUCGGUUUCAUCUGGUACCACUAAAGAUUCUGGUUAUGAUGAGUGUAGUCAAGUUGGUUCUUUAGGAGGGAGUGGUAAAGCCCAACAAGACAUUAUAGCCAUGGAAGACGAUGAAUUUUCUGACGAAGAGCCAUCAGGCAUAUAUAUGGAGAGAAGGAAAUCGUCGAACUCUAACGCCUCUCAUUUCCUGACACGGUUACAGAAUUUAGAGGUUAACAAUGGCGCUUUCAGCAGUCUGAAGUUGCUUGAGAGUAGACCUCCACACCUGGCUGUAUUUCUUAAUUAUGUUAUGACUAUGAGUCUAGACCCUUCAAGUCUGUUAUUUUACAUAGUGUCUGGUUACUAUCGGACUACUCCUGGUACAUGUAAAGAAUUAAAGAAAUGGGCCUUCGAAAUCUAUUCCACUUUCCUUGUGGCAGCAGGAUCGCCUUUAAAACUGAAUGUGGAUGAAAGUAUAAGUGUAGAAAUAGACAAUAUAUUAGUGUAUAGAAAUGAUAAGGAGGAUAUAUUACGGAAAGUCUUUGAUCAUGCACGAUUAAGUGUACAGACAGAAUUACAAAAUAUGCUGCAAGAAUUUUGUGCCAAAAAAGAAAUAGGGUUUGCUUCUAUGUUUGGUGCUCAUGAGUUAAAGGACAUAAUGAAGAAAAAUGAAGAAAUAGCUGUUGUAGAAAAAUAUGUAAUGCCUCAUCUAGACAGGUGCUUCAGAGGCGAUGGUGGUGAAGAUGCAAUAAAAUCAGAACGAGAAUUAGCAAUGGGCUGGGCCCUCAAUACAUUCCUACGUAAUGUUGGUGUAAAUAGACACAACUCAUCCAUGGACAGAGUCCAGAGUUUUAUAGCCAAAGAUAAACGAUUAUUAAAGAUAGGUCAACAAAAGAAAAAGAAAGUCAACACAGUGCAGCAACACGAGUUUCAGUUAAAGCAUUAUUAUAAAGUAGAAAAAUGUAUUCACUGUGAUAAAGUUAUUUGGGGAGUUGGUUACCAAGCAUACUAUUGCCAAGGGUGUGAAAUGAGUGUACACAAAACUUGCAUAGAUGACCUUGAUGAACCUUGUAAGAGGCAAAGAGGGAAAAGUAAAUUUCGUAACUUCCGGCCAACAUCUACUGCAGGUGGAAAUGCUUUAGGUGGGGUCGUUAAAAUGGUCAUACCAGAUUUAUUGACAACAGAAUACUCCCCCUUCUCCUCCAAAAACAGAUAUCAACACCAGUUCUCCCUAAAAGGUAAAGAAAUGAAGGGGGAGGAGCAAUCUGAAUCCUAUCCACCACCAGCCGAUAAAACAGAUACAUUAUCGCCUAGUCCCAACCAGAAUACAUCGUUUAAUAUAGAACCACCCAAUGAUGAGGAUAAACCAGAACAUUCAGUAAAUCGAUUGGUUCAAAACUUUGAAGAUUUACAGGGUGAUAAACGACGAAGUCCAGGCCUAGAGCCUACUGAACCACAAAAGUAUGUAAUAGGAAAGAAUCCACCUAAACGAAAUUCAGGUUUAAGCCGAUCCCAAUCUUUCCUCUAUGUCAAAAACAUGAAAGGAUCAGACCUGGGAAGAUCAGAAAGUAUGAAAAGUCGUGGCGAUUCUAAAGGUGAUCGGCCGGCCAGACGGGCCAAAAGAAAGCUAUCCGCAGGCGAUGUUGAUGUGGACGAGAAUCUUACCCGAGUUUUAAAUUCUGGAAGUUCGUCGACAUCCAGUUUAAAGAGUGCAGACAGUCCCAGUACAUCAGUAGAAGCUGUGAACAACAUCCCACAGAGUGUGGACAAUGAUUCAGAUUUCGAGGUUGAAUCAGAGUUACCUCCCCUGAAGGAAGUGCUAUCAGAGGAAGUAUACAGAAAGCUGAAACCAAAGGAAAGAAAGAGACAAGAAGUUAUAAAUGAAUUAUUUUACACAGAAAAGACACAUGUAAAGAAUCUAAAGAUCUUAGAGAUGUUGUUUUAUAAACCUAUGAUUAACGACAAUGUCAAUGAAAAUUUGACCAAGGCCUUGUUUCCAAAUAUUGAAGAUAUUCUUAAGUUACACACUUCGUUAAACGAUGAAAUGAAGAAAAAAAGAAAAGAAAAUCCAGUAGUUGGAGAUGUAGCAGAUAUAUUAGUUAAGAGGUUUGAUGCGGAGGAAGGUGAAGCAUUCCGUAAUGGCUGUGCCAUAUAUUGUCGUAACCAGUCGCAUGCUUUAGAAUCAUUACGAUCUCGGCAGAAGAAAGAUAAUAGAUUAUCUAGUUUUCUUGCUGCUGCUGAGAGUAGUAAUUUAAUGCGACGUCUCCAGUUAAAAGAUCUCAUUCCUACUCAGAUGAUGCGUCUAACUAAGUAUCCAUUAUUGAUAGAAAGCCUUAUGAAAUAUACAAGUGCCCAAUCAGAGGAACAUGCCAAAUUAGAGAGAGCAUUACAAUGUAGUAAACAUAUCUUAGAAUAUGUUAAUCAAGCUGUCAAAGAAUAUGAAAAUCAUUAUAAAUUAGAACAUUUACAACGCAAAGUGGAGAAAAAAUUAGAUGGUCUUGCAACAGAUGAUUGUGAUUAUAAGAAAAUUAAAGAAUUAGAUUUAACGAAACAUAAAUUAGUGUAUGAUGGAGUUUUAACAUGGAAUAUAAACCAAAGAAAAACUGUUGAUGUUCAUGUUGUUUUGUUAGAGGAUGUGUUAGUGUUAUUACAAAAACAGGACGAAAAAUUAGUGUUAAAAUUUCAAAGUACUCAGCUGGUGGCGGGGAAAGAUGAUAGUAGAUAUAUGUUUAGUCCGUUGUUAGAAUUAAGUUCUGUUUUGGCAGCUAACAGUAAAGCAACAGAUAAAAAAGCCUUUUUUGUUGUGGCUAAAUCACAGAUUUAUGAGUUAUCAGCUCAUACUGGAGAAGAACAAAAAAAGUGGAUAAAGUUGAUCAAAGAGUCGGCAGAUUCACAUAAGAGAAAUAAGUCAACUGCUAACCAACUCAGACCCUCUACAAGUCCUGGCAGACUUGAGGAGGAGAAGGGUCCUAGAAGGAUCUUCAGUUCUGAUAUGAUGGCUCAAGCUGAUGUAACUCAGGAACCUUUACUAGAACAACCUGAUAAAAUAAUCGUUUCCAGUCCUGUAACUUCUGUAGCAGAACCAGUUCUCACACCAUUAGAGCGAGCAAGGAGACUGGAUGAAGCUGUUAAAGAAAACUUGGAAGAAAAACGAAGACUGGUGGCAGAAAUUAUUAAUGAUGUUGAUGAAAGAGAUCGUCUAGAACAGAUACCUGUGUCUCCUGAAACAGAAUCGUUACACAACACCAUCCAAGAAGCAAUGGAGGAAUGCUCCAGUUUUAUAAUUGAAAUUUGUGAUAGAGAAUCUGGUCUAAUGCAAGAGAACAUACAGAUGCCUAUACCAAUGGACAAACUGAAGGAAAUGGCUAACAGAAUGAACCAGAUACUUACAAAUCUGUUGGAGAAGACAAGGGCAUAUCAUGCUCUACGGGCAGCUGGACAGGAUUCAUCGGGCGCAGUAGUUGGAAAUCGUGACGAGGAACGUGAGAGGUUAAGAAUGGAACUUAAAGCCGCUCAAGAUGAACUGAACAUGCUGAGAGAAAUCCAAAGAAAAGUAUCGUCAACAUCUCCACCAGAUAUAGUGGCCCCACUAGAGAGUGUGAAGCGUGAAAGACCUCAAAGUUUGGUGUCUGAGACAUCAACUUUAUCUUCAGAUGAUGGCACACCACAGCAACGAGAGGAAGCUGAAUCAGAUAGUACUGAAGAUAUCCAAAUGAUGGAAGAGUCCACAGAACUUAUUGAACCAGAAGUUGCCAUAGCAACUGAAAUCCCUCAGUGCAUUGACACAAGUGACUUUCAAGAAAUUGAACCCUCAGAUGAAGAGACAAUAGAGGAUUUAGAUGCUCCACAAAUUCCAGAAAAUGAUUUAAUUCUCGAUGCUGAAGUGCUGCAUAUAUCUAAUGUUCAAACCGAGUCAGAAUUAGUUGAGGAAGUUCUAGAUUUAGACUCAUUAUCUAAUGACAAUAAACAAGAAUUAGAUUCUAUAAAUGAAGAGGUUAAAAUCAAGGACAAUACUACAAAUGAAAGCUGUGAUAUUCCUAAAGAAUUCCACGACAGUGAUCAUAAGUCGCUGAAUGACGAUGUAUCGACUGAUGUCGAUGAUACAAAUUCUGACAGUGAAACAAUAUCAAAUCAGCCAGAUAUAGAAACAGAAAGAAAAGAAGAAAGCAGACCUGAACAAACGACUGAAGAAAGUAGUGACAAUGAUUUUGAAAAAAUAGAAAAAUCAGAAAUACCUAAAUCAGAUGAAUCUGAAAUGCAUGGAGAAACACAGGAUUCAAAAUCCGAAAAUAUUUCAAAGGAAACAGAUGAAACAAAAGAACAAAUCCAAGAACAAAAUGAUAAAUCUCAGGAAAAUAAUACUGUCACUGAAAGUGAAAGUAGACUCAAUGGUGAGAGUAGCAAAAUGUCAGAUACAGAAAAGUCAGAAGCUGACAAUAAUGAAAACAUAGAAAAAAGUACUGAUGCAAAUAUUAGUGAUAGCCAGACAAUAGAACCUUCUUCAUAGUCUAAUGUCACAUGAUAGGGUCACAUGCUGGUAAUGUGUUUUGGUGCUUGUCAUAUGACACAAAUUUUCUGUUGUUUGUCAAUACCACUUUAAGCCUUGGUAUGAAAUUUUUUUUCAAUUUUCUGUUCUUGCGAAAAUGCUUCAUUUAAGCCCAAAACUCUAAUUAUAUUUCUGGUUUCCUGAAAUUGAACAUUUUCUGUGUUUUAAUAAUGCAAAUGACGUUUUAAAUGACUUGAACUAAAAAUAUAAAAAAAAAUCUUCUGUAAGAAUUGACAUACAAAAGAUUGAAAAAGCUUCAUUGUGGAUGGAUGGUUUUAAACAGAACAGUUACACCAUACAAAAUGUUUUAUAGUAUAACAUAGUGCUACCAAUCAAUUAAUUAUAAUAUAUAUUCAUUUUGUUUUUGACAAGUGCUUAACAAUUAACAUUUGUAGAUAUUAUAUUGGAAAAUGUAUUUGAAAAUUGUCUUUAUAAUGAGUUCAUCUGAAAAAUGAGAAAUAAUACACGAGAAUAUAAAAAUCUUUCAAACUUGCUUGACAGUGUUGACAAACAAACAGACAAAAUUUAAAGAAUUAUUUUUCUUUUUUUUAAAAUGAUAAUUUAUAAACAGAGCUUAUGUGUUUCUACUGAUGCAAUGGUUUAUCAAGUGAUAGAUUUUAUAAACACAUCAAUAAUACGCAUGUCCUCAUAAGGGACAGUUUUGUUACUGUUUUACAAAGUUUGUAUUUCUGUCGCAUGGUCAUUAUGUUUAUCAUAUGUUUAUUUAUGUGUUAACAAUUUUGACAUUUAUUUAUCCAUAAACAUUGUAUAUUUGUAUCAUAUGUACAAUAUGAAUUUCAGACUAGAGACUUUAUUGUUAUACUGUUUUAAAGUUUCAUAGAAGUUGCACACUGUAAGCAAUGUAUGUGAUUUAUACAUCAGGCGAACUUUGUUCUGUUUGAAAUGUAUGUGAUUUAUACAUCCGACAAAAUUUCUUCUCUUAAGCUUGUACAUCAAUAGUGAAUCGAUUUCAAUAGUUAUUGGGAGACUGGAAAUUUUCUUCUCUUUUCUUCUUAUUGUUAUUACAAAUUGAGAACAUAUUCAUAACUGAAAGGUUACUUAUUUUAAAGUUUAACCUUACCGUACUGAUACAGGCUUUCCAUUUUGCUUUAAAAAUUAUAUGAUCUUUUUUUUUUUAUAUAUAAAAUGUAAUCAAGGAUGUGAGAUAAGUUUAAAAUUAGAAAUAAGCAGAAUUAAGGGUGGGAUUUGUUAGCCAAAAAAAUUAACUACCUUUAUAUCUCGUACAAUAUGGCUUUGGUGUUACUGAAAGUGGUAGGCCACAGUUCCAAAAUUAUAUUAUAUUUAGACCACAUUUAGUUCAACUGUUUCAUUUAGAGUUUAUAUAUUUUAUACAUAAGUUGGAAUAUUCUGAAGAACAGAUUUAUAACAUUAAUGGAGGCUAAAUCCACCACUGUUUUCUGACAUUGUUUACCUUUUAGAAGGCCAUUCGAGGCACAUAAUUUUUAGAAGAACUUAAAUUAGGUUAGAUUUAACAGUUCCAUGUUUUUUGAUAGCUUUUUAAUAGUAAUAAUUUGGAUUGCAAGGUUCCAGUAAAAGUUCUAAGUCCAUCAAACCAUCCAUUGUUAAAGAAAAUUUUCCAAAAAUUCAUUUUGUGAUUAUCCCUCAUGAUGAUAUUAUACAUAGUAUAAAAGACUUUAAUAUUGUAUUAUACAUGAAAAUAAACUCAUUUCAUAGACUUAAUUUUAGUAUAAGACUAUUAUAGUGAAAUUAUGCUUUGAAGCCUGUCCAUUUUGAAUUUCUGUAUCUUUAGUUUUUCUGUGUGACUUUAUUAAACUACUUCUAAUGUUAAUGAGUACUGGUAGUUUGUUUUAGACAAGUGUUACUGUUUGUAAUGUGAUUAUUGUUAAUGUCUUUCAUUUAAGGCCCAAAGGUAGAUGAAUGUUUUCUGUUGCAGUAGGUUAAAGAACUAGUCUGGAAACAUUAUGAAGUUAUAUAUAUAAAGCAGGGGUUUUGACUUUAUAACUAUUUGAAAUUUGCCAAAAUAAAAAUCUUGCAAUAGGAAAUAUAUUUUUGAGUGUAAUUUGUUUUUUUUUAUAUACAAAGAUCUAACCUAGUUAUGGUUGUGUGUUGAUUAAUGAUAUAUAAAUUUAUAAUAGUUUGCUACAAUUUUUCAUUAAUCUCUAACUUUUAUUUAUUUAUAUUACAUCGUGGAUGAUUAUUUGCUCGAGUGUCUGCUAAUUUUUUUUCUGUAGGUGUGAAAAACCAAAAAUUAGUAAUCCAGAUUGAUAGUUUAUAAAAUUAUGUCACAUGACUUUCAUCUAUUGUGGAUUCAUUUAUGUUGAUGGGUAACAAUUUCAGUGAAUUGAAGAAAAAUGUAUUUUGGUCUAAACUUUAUUUUGUGGUAUUAUCUAAUUCUGCCUAAAAUUGUAUAUUGAAUUUACAUUUUGUUGAACACAUUUAAAUUUGUUGUAUAACAUUAAAACAACCAUAUCUACAUAAAUUAGUACCACAAGAAUAAUUUGGAAUUAACAAUAUAUUUAGAAUUAAUUUUUAACACCAGUUUUGUCUACAAAAUUUAAAUUAUUGAAAUAUAUUGCACAGUAUAUUCUGAAUUUUUCUGUUAGUUUUAAUUAAAUUAUUUUUAUGCCUUAAAAAUUUUACAAUUAUUUGGAAAAAUAUAUAUAUAUAUAUAUAUAUAUAUUAUAUAUAUUUAAAACAAAACAAAGCAUUAUAUCAGAUUAAAGUCAUUGAGAAUGAAAUUACUUUGGAACAUUGUGAUAGUUUAUUGAGAUGGGAGGGGGGAAAACCUCCCAAACUUUUUCACGAGUGAGUUAAUCAUCCAUUUAUUGUGCAAUAUGUGACCAAACUUUAUACAUCAUUAUUUUAUCAUUACAUAAACACUGCAGGGAACACCUGUUUAUUAUACACAGAUACUGCAUUGAACAGGUGGUUCCGUUUCUGGUAAACUGGUGUUUUACUUGUUGUAAUUCAUUAAUUGUUAAUUAUGAAUUACAAAAUUUGCUGAAAUUAUUUUGAUUUUCUUAUCCAUAUUUUGAAUUGUGCAUAGUAUCAAAGCUUUGAUAAUUAAUCCUUACCAUUAGCCAUGAACAAACAAUAUACUCUAGUUCUUAAUAUUAUGUAAACUGGAAUACCUCUAUACCUUUAGCUAGAAUAUAUAGUUAAUGCAAGGUUUUUCAUACUUUAAAACAAGUACUUAACAUCUUUAAACAAAAUAAUGCCAAUCAAAAUUAUAAUUCCCAAUAUAACACUGGCUUUAACUUGUUCCAAUGACUAUUUCAUUAAGAGAAAUCGUUUUAUUUUAAGUAGUUUCCCAGUCAGUGUUUUGACCUAUUCAAACAUUCUUGUUUCAAUUUAUUCUCCAGUUGUUUGAUUGGUCGAAAAAAUGUACUAGGUUCUAGUGUAUUUUUUUUGCUGCUGUUUAGGGUAGGAUAUGACUUAAGGUCUUCUCAGAUGAUGCAAGGUUAAAAUAAUGUAUAUGAUUUGUUAGACGUCUCUCUUUGUACAGUUGUAUAUAGAAAUAAUAUUAUUGUACAGACAAAGAAAUAAUGGAAAAAUAAAAUACAAAUAUUAAGUAAAA